UUCUCUGGGUUUCCUCUUCCGCCAUCUCAAUGGUGCGUGCCGCUCCCCGGCUCCGGCCGGUGAUUGGCUGGGAGGCCAGUUCUCGCGAGACGAGAGUUGUGCGCAGAGUCCCGGCUGAGCGAGGCGGCGGAGUGGGGUUUGGGUCCGCGCACCGGAGCCGGCAGCAGUGGCUCUUUGGUGAAAAUCCAGCAUGAGUUAUGCAGAAAAACCUGAUGAAAUCACAAAAGAUGAAUGGAUGGAAAAACUCAAUAACUUGCACAUCCAAAGAGCUGAUAUGAAUCGCCUGAUCAUGAACUAUCUUGUUACAGAGGGUUUUAAAGAGGCAGCAGAGAAGUUUCGGAUGGAGUCUGGAAUUGAGCCCAGUGUUGAUCUAGAGACUCUGGAUGAAAGGAUAAAAAUUCGAGAAAUGAUACUGAAAGGACAGAUUCAGGAAGCCAUUGCAUUGAUAAAUAGUCUCCAUCCGGAAUUGUUAGAUACAAACCGAUACCUUUACUUUCACUUGCAGCAGCAGCAUUUGAUUGAACUGAUUCGGCAGCGUGAGACAGAGGCAGCCCUGGAAUUUGCUCAGACUCAACUGGCAGAACAAGGAGAGGAGAGCAGAGAAUGCUUGACAGAAAUGGAGCGCACGCUGGCAUUGCUUGCCUUUGAUAAUCCUGAAGAAUCACCAUUUGGAGACUUGCUCAACAUGAUGCAGAGACAGAAGGUAUGGAGCGAAGUUAACCAAGCUGUUCUAGACUAUGAAAAUCGCGAGUCAACACCCAAGUUGGCUAAAUUACUGAAACUACUUCUGUGGGCUCAGAAUGAACUGGACCAGAAGAAAGUAAAAUAUCCCAAAAUGACAGACCUCAGCAAGGGGACAAUUGAGGAACCCAAGUAAAUUGUGUGCAGAUGGACACCAAGAAAUCUUAGUACUGCACAGUAUACAUUUAUAUCAGUCUGUGACUGAAAUAUUUUUACUACAGUACAGAACUCAACAAUUCAGAUUUUUUUCAACGAACAUCUUAUUUAAACAGAGAAAAGUCCCUUUUAAAUGCUGAGAAAACAGCAUUGAAAGGCGCUGCAUCUCUUUGAAAGUCUGAUUUAGGCUAUGCACUAUCAUACAUUUUAAAAAAAUCCAAUUAGACAGGAAAGAAAAUAAUGGCAUUUUAAAAAGUACAGUGCUCAAGGUUUCUAAUUGGCUACUGAUGCUUAGUUUAGUGGCCAGUGAGUUAAAUGGGGUUAACUAUUCAGUUAAGUUUAACUCUCUCUCAUUUGAAAUGUAUAUAGAUCAGUGAAUAUUUUCUACCUUAUGUUAAGUUAUAGCAAAAUAUGCAUUUCCCCUUAAAACUAACAACUGGUCAAGUUUUCAUCUAAAAAUUUCUUACUGUACGGCCAAUCUUUUGCAUAGGAAAUAGUGUAUAAACUUGUAAAUCAUAAUUUAAGGACUUUUUUUUUCCUCGUUUCUGACUCUGGUGCUUUAUUUAUAUGGUGAGAGCUAUGUUCACAGUGGAUCAAUGACCCAUCUUUUCACAAGUAGUAUUGCUGGAAAUAAAAGUUUCUUUUUAAUUUCAAGAAUGACCAAAUGGCCUCCUGAAAUAAGACAUUAAAUCAUAUAUUUAAGUAGGGUUUUGUUUUUGAUUAUUCAGGGAUUUUUUUUCCUUAUGUUAAACUUCCACCUCUAGUCACUGCAGUGAUGCCAGCUGGUUACUAUACCUUUAAUGGCCACUUGGCUUGGUUAGCUGAAGUCUCCUCGGUGAUACGGGGGAAGGCGAGAAUCAUAGACCUUUUUUGCGCAAGUGUCCACCCUUACGCAGGGUCUGCCUUUGUGGAAUAGCUUGCGGGAUUUGGGGGUGGGUGGCAUAGUUUGUAGUGUGCUAGUGGUAACCAUUCUUUUGGCAUGUUAUGCCUUGGAUGAAUCGAGCAGUGACAUUACAAAACCCUUUUCCAUAAUCCCAGUGACUUCAUAUCUUUCUGAAGAGAUGCGGUUCAUCUUCAGAGCUGUACUGUUGUUUGUUGGCUGUUCCACUCGUGUUAGAAACAUUAUAAUGCUUACAUACGAGGCCCUGAUUUUCUUGGUCACCGAACUGUAAUUUGGGUGUAGGAUGUUUUGCUGGAUGUAUGACUUAAUCUUUCAUUACUUCAUACAGGUAUAUCUCAUAGUAUUAUGUACUGACCUUUGCCAAAUUGAGAUCUAGAUCUUUAAAACCCAUACGCUGAGUAUUACGAAACUGCUGAACAAAGACCAAUUUGGUGGAGGAAAUAGCGUAGUAUCACAGUGCACUGGCAAUUUACACUCUACCCAUCAGAUACUGUGGAUAUCCUAGUCUGGUAGCUAUUACCCUGUAAAUUGAAACUACUUAAUUUUCUGGAAUACUUACACAUUAAACUGUAAAAGCUUUGCAGAGACACAACUUAGAGAAUAACAAAACCUGUUACUGAUUGCAUUACUAUGAACACUGUUUACUUGUGUGUAGCUAUUUUCUGGGGGAGACAGUUGUCUCCUAAGAAGCUAUAGAGAUACCUCAGUGCCAAGAUUAGGCUAGGUGAUGGAUAUAAAACACAAGACUGAUCUGUCCCAUUUUACUACUGAUGGUUUUAUUUGACAUCCUAAGGCUUUCACCAUACGCAACUCUUGUAAUUCAUACAAAACUAAUGAACUUUCAUUGGCCACCACCUGCAAUAAUGAGCUGGUUUUAUUUCACCCUCGUUGGUUAUUCUAACAAUUUACCUGAACUGAGAAGAUAAAUACUGUUUUCAGUCAGUUGCUGUUUUUAAAAAAGUAUAAUAUUUUAAUUUGAAAUCUAUAUGGUUAGUGUAAUUUUGUUUAAUAACAAACUGCAGAAAUUAAACUCUGUUUGCUCUGAUUCCUUCAUGAACAACUGAUCAACUUUUCCUCCAGUCUGAUACUUUUUGUGCUGAUCCUCAUCUGAAGCUUUUCCAGGAGGAAGUGGAAAGUGGUGCAUUUUUGUGGCAUGACUAGCAUUUUUCUCUGUGAGAAAUGCGAUAUUACAGACCUGGUUGAAGAGUUCACCAUACUUUUAGAAUGCUGCAUUAAUUCCAUAUAGUCUUUGGGCGAAGUGCAUAGAUUGCUUAUUUUUUUUCCAUUAAAAAUAACGUUUUCUAAGAGGUUGAAAUAUAACAUUUUAGUAAAGGAUUAUUUGAGUUUGUUUAUUAAUAUACCACAUUGAUAAGCAGCUUUAAUCUGUAAAGUCUUUAACUGCAAGAAAAUAUUCAAAAGCUAUGCAUUUUACAGAAAGCAUAAAGAUAGUCAUAAUGGUACUUUUAGGGAUCUUUAUAUUAGUGUAUAUAAUUUGCAUAUACAAAUAUAAUAUAUAUACUCUGAAAUAUUCUUGAAUGGUAGGGGCUGUGAACAUAACUUAUGGAAAUACUGUGCACAGUAAACGCAGACCUGAGUACAUGAAUGAAUUUUUGUCAUGCAUGAGAAAUGUCUUAUUUGGUGACUACUAAUUAUUGGAUUUUGUUAUAUCCAUCAUUGUUAGAUAACCACUUUAACAAGUAACAUUAAAUACCACUUUGAUCA